AUAAAAACGCAAAAUUUAAAAAAAACAACCUAUUCCUAAUAGAUUCUUUCAUCAUGCAUUCUAUAUGGGUGACUAUUAUUGGUUGUACGUUUAUAUUUGCUGGUGGUUAUACAUCAUUGAUGAAAGCUCCUGUGGGCAACAUAAAGUCCCUCAGUAUCUCUGAUUGCGAGUCCACUACGAAACAAAUAACAAAUUUAUACAACAUAAACGAAUCAGGAGAAAAGGCACUCGAUGCCACCAUCGCAUUGCCAGAUGAUUUUGAUGGAACCAAGACAAAAUCGGCUCCAGUGGGAAAAAUUAAGUCUUUAAGUCUUUCUGAUUGUGGACCAAAUCAAAAAACCAGUCUGUACAACAUAAACGAAGAAGGGGAAAAGGCAGUUGAUGCUUCCUUGGAACUGAAAGAAGAUUUGGAUGGAACAAAAGCAAGAUCAGCACCAGUGGGAAACCUCAAAUCUCUAAGUAUGAGUGAUUGCGAGCCUGGAAAAAAACAAAAAUCAACUUUGUACAACAUUAACGAGAAGGGCGUAAAGGCUUUCGAUAUUAGUUUGGAGCUAGAUGAGGAUUUUGAUGCAAAAAAUGCCAAAUUCUCGUUGGACGUUGCCAAGUGGGACAGGAACACUUGGCGUGAAGAUAUAUACAAUAUUGAUGGUAAUUUGUGUGAAUACAUUAAAAAUUAUGUCCCCAAAAUUUGGACCAAACUGCAGGCAGUCCUUAAACCACCAUUUACCGGAGAUGAUAAGUGUUUUGCAAAAAAAGGUAUUUACGAGCUUAAGAAAUUCCAGGCUUCAUCCGCUGAUAUAAAUAUACCGACCAUGUGGUACGGGAAGUUUAAACUAACUUUCAAAUAUGGGGAUGUAGGGGAGUUGGAAUUGUUGGAAAUUAAAAAAUGCGAUGUGGAUAAUCCGGAAGCCGGUGACUUGAUUGAUUCCAACAUCGAGUACGUCAAUGGUGCGAAUGUUUUGAACGCGAAAAUAUCAUUGAAAACCGUUUUCGAUGAAAGUUUUACGUAUAAAGCUGUUAUUAUAGGUGACGAUGGUGUAAAAUUCGAAUUCAAAGGAGUUUUGUGUGAAGAUGUUUUUAUUUUUAUACCGAAUUUGUGGGACAAAUUAAGUUCCAUAGUGGGAAUAAACAAGGAAUGUCCCAUACAACCAGGAGAAUAUGAAAUUAAUAAUUUUGGUGUAUCCCCAGAAGGAAUAGGCUUGCCUUUUGUUUUUUAUGGCCAUCUGAACAUUCAAGUCAGCGUUUAUAAAGAUGAAAAACCCGUCGCUUGCACCGAGUUUAUAAUAAACUCGAAAGAAAUUCAAUAACAAGUGUAUUUAUUCAUUAUUCGGAAUAAUAAACGUUAUGGGAAUAGGCAAUUAGUUUUUAUCCUGAUUAAGUUAACCACAUACGAUUUUAUGAGGCCUUAAAUAAGUUUACGGCUCAUAUAAUUAAUGAAUUUGUC